AUUCCCCCCAUGUUGAUGUUCCCCCAAGACCAGCCACCCGAGCUCGCGACAAGUGGGUGAUCUAUAGCCCACCCCCCCAUUUGCGAUUUCCUGUCUCUUGACAACAUUAAGAGCCGGAUCACGACGCAACAUUGGCGAUUGCGAUACCAUUGGCGAAUUCACAGACAAAGUCAGCCCAACCGCCCACGCGACCGCCCGAAUCGGUUGACGAAGCUCGACAAGCUCGAGUAUAUCAACGCAAACCCAUAUCUAUAAUACCUAGGCUACGUGCCUAAGUGCAAUGGUUGCAUCCAACUAAAUGUCGUGGCCCAACGAUCAGAAUUCUCGGAGGCGAGGGGUUUGGAGCCAUUGGGUACCGCUUGCGGUCACUGUGACUGUUGCGACAGUCGGUCUCGCAGCGUGGGUAUGGAGUCAGCGCAAAGAUGAGGAUGACACGCCCGAGAACGAGCAAUACCCCGACCUCGACUACGACAAUGCAAACUAUGGCGACAAUCCUGCGUACGGCACUUCAAGAGGACCCAAACCUCCGCCCAGCAACGUCGGAACCGAAACAUACGGCACGGCCGAGGGGCCCCGAGAUGCAUCUGGGGAUGGAUUGGGAGCGAGGAUGUCUGGCGCAUUGAGGCGCACACCCAGCCCCCAGCAGUUCCUUGACGCAGCCGGGAAGACGGUAACUGCUGGUUUCGCCGCCGCCGGCGCUGCAGCCGGUAGGGCUUUGGCCGCCAUCAGGGAAGAGGACAAGAACGCGUACGCUGACCAUGAGACAUGGUCCGAAGAAGCGGAUGCCAGAAAAGAACGAUCUUCCGGGCCCAGAGACCCCAGCAAACGACGUAGGACUGUUGCCAUUGUAGUAUCUGCGGAUAGCCACGGUGACGACUUUGACGAAGAUGGAUUCCAUGAACACGCCUCCAUCUUGUCGCACAUCCCGCGCUACACCAACUUCAACGAUGUCAAGCUCUUUGUUUUGAUUUAUGCGCCGGGUCUGAAAGACACGGCGGGCGAAUCUACCAGUAACCUUCCGCCACCGUCGUUGAGCUCGUCCUUCUCUAACAUUGAGCACCAUCAAGCCCAGACGCCUGGUGAAGAGUCAUCCAAGAGUCCUCUGAUGAAUCCAUCGCCUGCAAACCCAGCCUUCAAUGCCGUUUACUCCCAGGCAUUGGCUUUGGUUGAAAAGGAGACCAUGGUGAUGCCUUUCACCACGGCCAAUGGGCACACGCAUAUCCUCCGCCACCUGCAGCCCGAGAUCAUCUACCUUCAGGAGUCUCUGGCAGGUGAUAACGGAGCCAUGGUUUCCAACCUCCAGACUUGGCUGCGCCACGACAUCAUUCUUGUCGUGGGUGCCGAGGGUGGUGGUGGUGGCCUCGCUGAUAGCGAGUCAGAGGCAGAGAGGCCUGGCAAGGAAGAAAAGUGGUGGCAGCGAUCGGACCGCGUUGGGCGUGGCCGGGGAGUUGUCGUCGUUGACGGCAUGCGGGUCCAUGACGACUGGGCCCGCCGUGUUCAGGGCAAGGAGUAAAUACUCUCUCCACUGUAUAAACGUAGACUUCCAAUAAGGAGAAUUUGAUGGCAUGGGAGGAUGGGACGGGUAUGAAAUGUGUGUGUUUUUAUUGGAUUGGUAUAUACCACGAGAUAUCAUGUAACGUUUUCAUGAGCAGAUAGGUAAUCAACCGUUGCGGCGCGAGAUGAAUUAUUAUAACAGUGAAUUACUCC